CACACACACACUGCCUGUUUAUUUUGUGGACCUAUAGCAUAUUCCCGUGGUCUCCCCCCUUUUGCUUUGCUUGCCGAGACGGCGACCAUGGCGAAGCAGCAGAAUCCUAUCCCCAUCCCGAUGCCGCUGUCGCUGUCGCUGCCCCUCGUCCUCGUCGCGCUGCUCCUGCCGGCCGCCCGCGGCGCCGCGGAGACGCCGCAGUACACGACGGUGCACGCGGAGUCGGACUUCGAGGUGCGGCUGUACGGCGACACCGUCUGGAUGUCCGCCCCCACCCCGGACAUCCCUUCCUUCCACGUCGCCACCAAGCUCGGCUUCCACAGAUUGUUCCAGUACCUGAUGGGCGCAAACCUCAACUCUUCGAGGAUCAGGAUGACCACCCCUGUGCUCACGAGUGUGGUUCCAGGUGCAGGGCCUCUGCGCUCCUCGGCCUACUCCGUCCGGCUGUACCUGCCGGCGAAGUUCCAGGCUUCCCCUCCGGUUCCUCUCCCAGAGCUGAACCUGCAUCCAGAUCGGUGGCCAGGCCACUGCGUCGCAGCGAGGAGCUUCUCGGGUCGUGCACGGGACAAGAACGUGGUCGAGGAAGCCGAGAAGCUCGCCAUGAGCCUGAGCCGGUCACCAUGGGCUAACUCCACAGACUACUCCAGCAAGAGCGCUUACUCGGUUGCACAGUACAGCAGUCCAUUCCGCAUCAUUGGCCGUGUCAAUGAGGUGUGGUUCGACGUCAACUGCAGAUCUACAUCUACUGCUGCUGGUGUUGAGUCCUACUGAAAAAAAAACCUGCCAGAUGUGAUGGAUAAUAAUAAUUUGCAUGUAAAAC